AGAGAACUAUAUCAUUUUUGCUAUCAAUUUUAGUGCACGUCAACUUUUUUCCAUAUUGUUGAGGAUUCCUCACUGUAGCUUUAUUAAAUAUUUAAUAUAUGCAUAAUUUUAGAAUACUUUUUCAUAAAGUAUCAAACAAAGCACUAAUAACCGGAUUUCAUCAAAGUAUUAGCCAUUAUACUCGUGUUACGUGUAAUAUGACGUGGAAUACGAUGUACUUAUGUGAAAGUGCAAUUGAAAAUUAAAUGUACGAUAUCGACGAGAGUUUGCAACAUGUUUAUCGCGAAGCUUAUCUCAUUGUUGGCCUCCGUCUCAGCGUUUCUGCCAGGUGUGGCACCGGAGUCAUCGAUGCCCAGCGUGGCGUGGGCCCCCGGGCGUGACGUGUACGAGGGCGACACCAUUCAACUCGAGUGCCAGGUGGGCUUGGAAGUUGAAGCCCCCGCAAUUUGGGUGAAACUUGACCCUCUGAGACCCAACAGCGACGAGAUAAUCUCCCACGGGGUCCUCCUCAUCGCUGAGGACCCGAGGCUGUCUGUUGAACGACUGAGCGACUCCAACACCUUCGUGCUCGCGAUACGUGAAGUGUCAGCGGCAGACGCAGGCCGCUACCAGUGUCAAGUGCCCGUGAGCAGCAACCAGACCGAGCUAAGAACUGCGCCUCCCAUCACGAUAUCUUUGAAGCGCGCUGCAGCAGCACCGGCAGCGUCGUCAGGAGAAGGUACUCGGUUGUCGCCGCUACUCGUCUCCCUCGCGAUGGCUCGCUGUCUGCUGCUCCUACACAAGCGCCUCGUGUGCAGAUAACCCCACCUUAUCUCUACUAUUACUCAAUUUAUUGUUUUCUAAUUAGUUAGUAAUUAUUAUUUGUUGCAAUGCAAGGAGAAGCUAGGUUAAGUUUAACAGAGAUCAUCAUUAUUUGUUGGAAUGUAAGGAAAAAAAGAGUUGCACUCGAGAGAAUUUAAUUAAAAUGAAGUGUUCUUUAUUGAAAUGUAAGACAGCAUAUGUACAGAAGCUUAUUUGUAUUUGCGUGCGUAAGAAAGGCAGAAAUGGUUGGGUGAAAGUACUGUCCUAGAGUAAAAUAUGGCGUCCAUAUUUGCCGUUUUUAAAUACAAUCAUAUCUUCGCACUUGAAUGAUUAAGCAUGAUGGCUAAGAAUAGAAAGUAUUAAGGAAAGAAAAUAAUCAUCAUCCUCUUUCCCAAUGUUGAAUCAUAAGUUUGAAAUUCAUAGUAUAUUAUUGUCAUAGAAAAUAACAGAAUUUUGCAUGCAGAACCUUCAUGUAAAAUGCUUAGGAUAACAAUGAAAUUUCCUCGUUGCGUGAAUAAAUUGAAUUGAAUUUUCCUACUCUGCUUAUGUCCACGAUGAAGUAGAGCAUUUUGGUGUGCAAUAUUUCCUUAGAAUGUAAUUUUUCCAACACGAAUAUAUUAGAAGUAAAUUCUCAAAUAUAAAUUCCAAGUUUUUUUAGUUAAUUAGUAAUAGUGGCAUGAAAGUAAGUUGAUCGAUAUUCGGAAUCUAUUCCAACAGUGAAAAAAUUUGAAAUCAGAGACGGAAGCGACUAUGUUAAUGUAGGAUGGUUAUAACCUAAAUUUCUGCGUAUGGUAAAAAUGUGCAGUAGCCAACCCCAGGAAAAAAUAAUUCUGGCCCAUAUGGGGAUCGAACCCACGACAUCCGCGUUAUUAGCACGGCGCUCUAACCAACUGAGCUAACAGGCCAUUGCCGUAAGAGGCAGAUUUAAAUUGUCAGAAUUGUAUUUUAGUUUUUGUUAAUCGCAAUUAUAUACUUUAACCUCUCGACAAAGUGAAUUUGAUAAAAUCAGUUUCACAAAGCAUUGACGGGAUUUUCAUCCAAUUAUAUCGUGCUUUAAACUGGCAGAAGCACCAAAUAUGACGGAAACGUGUAGUUUAAAGAGCAACAUGAAGAGGGUUUUAAAUGUAUUUGACAAUACGAUUAUUAUGUUAGUUAAACGUGUAAUCUUAUGUUACGUUAUUUUGAACGAUGGAGCAGCUAGAAGUUAGAGUGAAUUGCCUUAUAAUAAUGAUGCCUUCAAUGUUAAUAGUUGUGCACUGCUUUACUGUAAUAUAGUUGACUGCCUCAGGUUGGCGUGAGGUUAAUUCAUCAUGUGAAAAAGCUUCAUAUCGAACGUUUUCGUUGAUAAACCCUGGUAGAUAAUAUCAAUGUCAUAACUUAACUAAUAGAUAUCUGUAGGAAAUUUCACAUGGGCUAUUUUUUAAUUAUCAUAAGCUAUUGCCUG